AUGACAUAUGAUGUACCAUUCCGUUAUUGGCUGAAAAAUCUCAACUCCUCCUCCGAGAGGAUGUCGUUCUUCUCCAGCGCUCCUUCUGCACCGCCACCCAAUCUAACGUCACCAGCGGUAGGAGCAUUGGCGCCAUCUCCACCGACCUCUACAAAGAGCGCAACCUCAAACGCCUCGUUGAGAAGUUCAAAAAAUCAUCCGAGCUCUAUCGCUUCCGUACCAAACUCCCAUUUAGAGGACACCGUACGCCGUCUCGCCUCCGCAAAACGUUUCAAGUGGAUCGAGGAGAUCCUGGAGGACGAGAAGCAGUACGCGGACUUCUCCAACGAGGGAUUCGCUGUCCCACUGGUUAAGCUUUACGGGAGAAUGCCGGUGCUUGACGAAAUGCCUGAGAAAAACUGUGAGCGCACCGUCUUGUCCUUUAAUGCCCUCUGGGUGCUUGUGUUAACUCCAAGGAUUUUGACAAGGAGCUACAAUGCCAGGUUGUUGGGAUUGGCUUCGGAGAAGAAAACUGACGAGGCGGUUGAAUUGUUCAAGGAAAUGCGGAACAAGGAAGUAAAACCUGAUGUGUUAAGCAUCAAUGCCUUGAUCAAGGGAUUUGUUAAUGAGGGUAAAUUGGAAGAAGCUAAACAGUGGUAUCGUGAACUGGUGAAGCGUAGUUGUGCUCUGCAGAAAUGA